AUCAAUGUCCACAAAUAACACGACUCGUUCUAAAUCCACGAGUCCACGACCCACCAUCUGGUCUAAAAGGAUUGAACUGAAUCAAAGCUGACGACUUUGAACGCAUUUAAGAGAGAUAAAGAUGCUCAAGAGCGAAGCAUCUCUUUCUAGUUACUGCGAAUCUGGAGAUGGGCUCAAACCCGAAGAUCCGGCUAGUGGAAUCGAGGAGAGAACUGUUGGUGAUUCGGUUGACGCCGGCUUCAGCUUUGCCAAGCACAUCACCGAUGUCUUCUCGAUCAAGGAAGAGGACAGUCAAGCUGAACAGGGAAAUGAAGAGGUAGUUAUUAAGAAGAUAGAUGAUGAACGACCACCAAGUCCUCCCAUGCAUUCAUCUGCAGGGCGUGGGAUUGAUAAGUUCGAUUUGUAUGGUAAAGAGAUCAAAUUCGAUUUACCUAGUUUUGAUGAUGAGAGUUGUGGUGAAUAUUAUAAGAGAAUGCUCGAUGAGUAUCCAUCACAUCCUUUGCUUCUCAAAAAUUAUGCCAGUUUCUUGGAGUACAAAGGAGAUCUUAAUGGCGCAGAAGAGUAUUAUCAUAAAUGUACUGUAGUUGAGCCUAGCGAUGGAGUAGCUUUAGCAAACUACGGUAGAUUAGUGAUGAAGCUUCACCAGGAUGAAGUUAAAGCCUCAAGCUACUUUGAACGAGCAGUUCAAGCCUCUCCUGACGAUAGCAAUGUGCUUGCAGCAUAUGCUAGUUUCCUCUGGGCGAUAGAUGCUGAAGAUGACGAUGAUGAAGAUGGUGACUCUUUUGAAGGCUCAACCAGGCUAGGAAAAGAAGACUCUGAGGAAAGUAAGUCCGAGACAGCGGGAGAACACGGUUCAAGGUUGUCUGAAACAGAGGAUGGAGAAACGUUAUGCAGAUAUGCGAAAGCGUUUUGGAGUAUCAAGAAUGACCAUGGCAAGGCCUUGUUCUACUUCGAGAAGGCCGUUGAAGCCUCUCCAAAUGACAGCAUUAUACUUGGAGAGUACGCUCGGUUCCUAUGGGAAAUAGAAGAGUGAUGAUUAUCAAGAAGAAGAAGAAGAUAUCUCCAGAUGAGGGAAACGUCUCAGGUUUAUAUGCAGCUUCACUCAUUCCCGUUUAUGUAUUGUAUUUUCAGAAAUGUAAUUUUUAAUAGAUAUUACCCAUAAAUUGUAAAUUUCAAGAAAAUUAAUUGCAUUUAUUAAAUUCCGAUUGGUUGAAAA